AUGUCUUCUUCCGCCCUAGCGCAGUCGCAGCUGCGACACGCGAUCGUUCGCAUCUCGAAACUGGUCGUCACGUCGUACAUCCUUGACUGGAUUCUCAUGAUUGCCGUUGCGGGCAUUGGAGGCGGCUUUUCGUCGCUCACCCCAAGCCAAAGACCCUUUAUUCUGACCGACCCGGAUAUUUCCUUGCCAUAUGUAUCAAAGGACACCGUUUCGUCAGCCGUUCUUAUUAUUGUCGGACUGGUUGCUCCAGCUGUUAUUAUCGUGCUCUUUAGUUUGCUCCUCGUCCCCAGCCCGCGCGCUCUUAAAGACGCACCAUACGCCUUGAUCUGGAGACGCAAGAUCUGGGAAUGGAAUGCUGGCUGGAUGGGUCUGGCACUGGCGCUCGCCGCGACUUUCUGUGCUACCGAGGGCCUCAAAGAUGUAAUUGGCAAACCGCGACCUGAUUUGAUCGGUCGUUGCAACCCAGACCUCUCGAAUAUUAGCAGGUAUGCUGUCGGUGGAUUGGGACGUGCACUCCCCGGAGCGCCGACUUAUGUGACGCUGGAUAUCUGCCGCAAUCAAGAUAGUAACCUGAGAAAGGAUGGUUUUGCUGCGUGGCCCAGCGGACAUUCUUCCUUCUCCUUUGCUGGUAUGCUUUAUUUGACUCUCUGGCUGUGCGCAAAAUUCUCCGUCGCAUUUCCAUACCUCGGACCACUUGCAUUCGGAGCAAAAGCACCGGCGGCGCAGACCGCUGCUGUUCUGCCAGAGUCAUCCCACGAUGCUAUCUCAAACGCAGAGAACUCCAAGUCGACCCUCCACGACUCAGCCGAUCUUUCACCUCCAUCUUCGUCUACAUCCCUUCGAGGCCAAGGCGCUGCACCGCCCGUCUAUCUCCAAAUCCUCUGUUUCUUCCCUAUCUGCGUUGCCUUUUAUAUCGCAUGCUCCAGAUACCACGAUCACCGCCACGCCGGGUUCGAUAUCAUUUCAGGCGCGGUUCUAGGUAUUUUCUUUGCCUAUGUCGGUUUCCACAUGUAUCACCUUCCCAUUCGUCGCAGCGAUGGCUGGGCAUGGGCAGCGCGGAGCCGUAGCCACGCUUUUUUCAGGGGCUUUGACUACGCAGAUUUGACGAUUACAGAGGGUUGGGCAGCGGAGUCGCGCGUGCUAUCGACGACAGCUGAUAACAACGAACCUCGUGGGGAAGCGCAGGUAUGA